CUUGCAAGUCUACUGUUUUCCAAAGCGAUUUAAUUAACAAAAUUACUUGUAAAAACGAAUACAAUUCAUAUAAAACUGCAAACAAAACAAACAAUGAACUAAUGUAAAGAUAAGGUGCGACUUUUCAAGAAUCGUGUUCCACGUGGAACAAAUUCUUUCGUAUUCUUAAUUUUGUGAUGUGGAUUGUCUACUUGUGUGUGGCGGCUGAGAAAAUUACCGUGAAAUUUUAGCAGUACUUUCUACAUUUUGAACGUAUCUAUGUACGUGCCUCUUUGUUCGUCUACUUAAACGUCGUCGAUGUAAAUAAUACAUGUGAAUGCGAAAAAAAAAUUCCAAAAUAUUGCCAAAAACGGAACCGGGCACAAUAACGUAACAAAGAGAAAAGAAGAAAACAAAUCAAUUUUCGCUACCUGAGAGCUCGAGUCGCCACAACGGUAACUUGCAAAAUUAAAAACUAACAAAACGACAAAGACAAAGUUUGACUUACUGAAGAAAAAACUUUUUUAAUUCCUCACGACGGAGGAUUAACGAGUAUCAUACGAAAUAAAGACGCGUUGCAAUAUUAUUUGUGUGUGCGUUUGUUUAUCUUUCGCUCCCGCUUCAAAGAGAGGGAGCAGUGGGAAUCUCAGCAACGUUCUAAGGAAUAGGCGACAACAACAACAACAACAGUCCACCCCAAUAGUGAGCGUGUGAAAGAGGAAACGUAGCCGUAGCAGAAGCUCCGGAAGCGCGCAUUGAUUGAACAUGGAGCGACGUGGACGCAUACCGGUGGCCAAGUUUCGCACGCAGGAGGCCAAGACACGCAGUCGCAGUCGCGUGCGUGAGCCCGACUACAAUGAGCAGGAUCCGGAGCAUGAUAUGUUCACGCUGCUGGAGGAUAACAUAGCGCUCAAGGAGGAGAACAAGGCGUUGAAGCUGGAAAUCGAAUCACAUAAAAGCAACCAAGAGGAGCAACAUGCUCAACAUGACAAACUCUGUGCUGAACUGGAGGCGCUGCAGCAGCGGCAGCUUAGCUUUGAAGUCAAUAUUAAGGAGCUAACAACCAAAUUCAAUAAAAUGCUAAACGAACGCAACGCUCUAGACAAAUUGCACAAAAUGAAAGUAGAUCAAAUACAAAACCUCAGCAGCGAGUUGGAGAACUUGCGUGCCAAGCAGCAGGACAACAACUCGAGCGGCAGCAACACGCUCAUUGCAACUGCGGAGCUUAAGCGUAAUCUCUUCAAGAUUCUGCAACAAGGCAGCGUCGAUAGCGCUCACAGCGUCAACGCUACUGCUAGCCAGGAGCUGGACAGUCUAGUUGAUGUUGAAGGCACUGCAGGCGGCAUGGUCAUUACCAGCAGCCUGGUCGAGAGUCUAGUGGCCGAGUUCCAAGCGCUCAAGCAAACCACCAAUGCUGUGGAGCUGCAAUUGUAUGAGGCCAAUGAGAAAAUAGCUGAGCUUGUGGAGCAUCAACAUUUGUUGGAGGAGGAAAAUGAAACUCUGCGCACAGAGAAUGGCAAUCUAACCAAAGUGGCCAAGCUGCUUACAGAGAACAUGAAGGAAAGCGUGGAGACCAGUCAGAAAAUGGAAGCCGCAUUGAUCAAGCUAAAGCAACGCAAUGAAGAGCUAACUGCCCGAGCUAUGCGUGAUUUGCCCGAUGGACAAUCAGAGGCAACACCAUCGCCCACAGCGCUGCAGUCGCAGGUGGAUUUCGAUGAGAUUAAGGACCAGGUGCAACAACAAGCACGCGAGCAUAACGAGCGCAUUGUUGAAAUGCAAAGUCUUAUGGAUGCGGCUAUUGCCAAAACUACUAACGAUGAACUAAAAAAAUUACAACUUAAGUUGGAAAUACUCGAGGAGCAGCUGCGUCAGGCGCUGACACGCGCUGAAGUCGCUGAGGAGCAAUUGUCGCACUAUCAGCACGAGAAGCAACCAGCAACAAAGACUGAAGCGGCUGCCGCCCCAGCGCCGCCGCCGCCUCCGCCUCCACCCAUGCCUGAAAAACUGUUGCAUACAGCGCCAGCUGCUUGGGCGGAGGAUGGCAGCUUUAGUCAGCAUAUAGCCAAACAUAAUUUACAUAAAAACACCAGCGAUAAGAUUAUCGAUAAUGUCAAGCAACAGGUCGAGGCGCAGGCAGCAACAGGUCUUGACGCUAUAGUGCGUGAAUUCAAAUCGGGACGCGUUACACUACGCCGCAAUCGUCGCAGGACCGGCACUAGCGAAGCUCUGCAAGAGAUGUUCCAAGUACUUGAGAUAAGCCAGAAGCAGAAUCGCAACUCGAAAAUCUGCGUAGAUAUGAAUGCAAAAAUAUAAACUUCCUGUUCGCUCUCGGUCUUGGUCUCGAAGCUAAGAACUUAGCUGUGCAAUUACAACGAACGUACAUUCCAUGCAUUUUAUAUAUACACUUACUAGUUUUAUUAAUCCUGCAGACUAAUAAUUUACUACGCUCAAAUAUUGUUGCCAACCCUUUCAACAUUGUGUUCAUGUCCACAUUUACAUAUUGUAUUUAUUACAUAUUUUAUUUACUUCCUAAACCCAACGAUAUAUGUUGAAUAAA